AUGCUUAAGCCACCCCCGCUCUGUCCCCAGGCGCUGGCCCUGCACGGGCCCCAGCUCCUGCCCGGAGACGAGAUCGUGCAGGUCAACGAGCAGGUCGUGGUGGGCUGGACCCCGGCCAACCUGGCAAAGAAGCUGCGGGAGCAGCCGAGCGGGGCCACGUUGGUGCUGAAGAAGAUCCCGCUGAGCCCCCCUGGCUCCCCCGAGCCGCUGGGAGCGGGACUGGAGCCGGAGGGUCCCGUCGGCACCCGGAGCGACGAGUGUCCCGGCAGCCCCACAUCGCUGAGCUCCAGCGCAGCUGCCGACUGGGAAUCGGGGCCUGACUCGGCGCUGGAUCCCACCACCGACGAGGAGGACGAGAGGGACUCCAGCCCGCCCGGCUCGGAGGCCGGGGAGCUCCUGCAGGGACUGCUCCGGGACGGAGUGGCGCCCCGGCUGAGCCGCCGGCGGGUCUCGUGCCGGGACCUGGGCCGGGUGGACUGCGAUGGCUGGCUCCUGAAGAAGAAGGACCACGUAGCCUUCAUGGCGCAGAAGUGGAAGCGCUGCUGGUUCGUGCUGAAAGGCCACACGCUCUACUGGUACAACCACCCCAACGAUGACAAGGCCGCGGGUCUCAUCAACGUGGCCACCUACGAUCUGGAGAGCACGCGGGAGCAGAAGAAGAAAUAUGUUUUCCAGCUCUCACACGAGACCUACAAGCCCUUCAUUUUCGCCGCAGAAACGCUGGCUGAUUUGAGCAUGUGGGUCAGUCUCUUGAUCACAGCCAAAAUGAACUACACGCUGGCCCAGAAGCCGGUCCCGCAGAGGGAGGAAGACUGCUACAGCGAGACGGAAGCCGAGGACCCGGACGAAGACUCUCCCAGACAGGGCUGUGACGCCCCCAAGAGGAGGCUGCAAAGCGCCCCGGAGAAAGCGCAGCUCUUCGCGGCCGGCAGCGAGCCCAGCAGCGCGGCCAGCAGCCCCCAGGGCAGCCCCCGGCCCUGCUCACCCAUGGACCCCUCUGGGGAGGACCUGGAGAGCCUGAUGCAGUGCCUGAAGCAGGGCGGGGUGUCCCUCAUUGGGAGGCAGCGGUUCCUGACCGAGGAGCAGUGCCGCAAGUCGUUCAUCAAGCGCAACAAGAACCCCCUCAUCAACGAGAAGGUGCAUCUGGUGCGGGCCCUGCAGAGCACACUCAAGGCCAAGCUGACAGAGCUGCAGGUCCUGGAGCAGCUUCUUGGCGACGACGCGCUCACCUCGGAGAAGUUCGCGAGCUGGAAGGAAGAGCACCAGGAGCUCUACCAGGAGCUGCGCGAGUCGUGGCUGCGGCCGCAGGGCCAGGACGUGGCCGGGGGGGCCCCCGGCCCUUGGGCUCCCCCGUCCUUCAGCGCCCCCGCCAAGUUCCUCUCCUCCCCCUCAGGGUCGCUGUCCCUGAGGUAA